AUGCCGUCCGCAGCCCAUGUUCACUUCCUCUCUGGCGCACUUGCGGCAGGCUUGGCAACAACUAUCACCAACCCAUUUGAUGUUCUCAAGACCCGCGUGCAGCUGAUGCCCUCCAAGUACCGCAACAUGUGGCAUGCUGCACGGCUGGUUUUACGUGGUGAGGGCGUCAGGGGCCUGUUUGGUGGGCUGAGCCUGCGUAUUGGGCGGAAGGCCAUUAGCUCUGCUUUAGCCUGGACGAUCUACGAGGACCUGAUAUUGCGUGCUGAGACCUCCCGGUGGGCCCAGCAGGAGAAAAGCAUGUUAACUUGA